UUCACGUGAUAGCGCCUGGGGAGAAAACGCCUGACCCCAGCCCCUGGCCUUCCAAGUAGAACCUUUUCCUGCGGGUCGUCGGCCUCUCGCCCUUCAGCCACCUGCGCGUCCCGACACACCGUCCUGGGGUCCCCGCCCGUCCGGAGCCCUGUCCGGCAUGCGGCUUCUGGCUCUGGCCCCAGGUGGGCCCCGGCAUCACCUGCCGUCCUGCAGCCUAGCGCUACUGCUGCUUCUGCUGGGCUGCUCCCUGGGGGUCUCCCGGGUGGCGGCGGGCUUUCGGAGGCCCAACGUGGUGCUGCUUCUCACCGACGACCAGGACGAAGUGCUCGGCGGCAUGACACCACUAAAGAAAACAAAGGCUCUCAUCGGAGAGAUGGGGAUGACUUUCUCCAGCGCUUAUGUGCCAAGUGCUCUUUGCUGCCCGAGCCGUGCCAGUAUCCUGACAGGGAAGUAUCCACAUAAUCAUCACGUUGUUAACAACACUUUAGAAGGAAACUGCAGUAGUAAGUCUUGGCAGAAGAUCGAAGAACCAAAUACUUUCCCAGCAAUUCUCAGAUCAAUGUGUGGUUAUCAAACCUUUUUUGCAGGGAAAUACUUAAAUGAGUAUGGAGCCCCAGAUGCCGGUGGAUUAGAACACGUUCCUCUGGGAUGGAGUUACUGGUAUGCCUUGGAAAAGAAUUCCAAAUACUAUAAUUAUACCCUCUCUAUCAAUGGGAAGGCACGAAAGCAUGGUGAAAACUACAGUGUGGACUACCUGACAGAUGUUUUGGCUAAUGUCUCCUUGGACUUCCUGAACUACAAGUCCAACUCUGAACCGUUCUUCAUGAUGAUCUCCACUCCAGCGCCUCAUUCGCCUUGGACAGCUGCACCUCAGUACCAGAAGACCUUCCAGAACGUUUUUGCACCAAGGAGCAAGAACUUCAACAUCCAUGGAACGAACAAGCACUGGUUAAUUAGGCAAGCCAAGACCCCAAUGACUAAUUCUUCAAUACAGUUUUUAGAUAAUGCAUUUAGAAAAAGGUGGCAAACUCUACUCUCAGUUGAUGACCUUGUGGAGAAAUUGGUCAAGAGACUGGAGUUCAAUGGGGAGCUCAACAACACGUACAUCUUUUAUACCUCUGAUAAUGGCUAUCACACAGGACAGUUUUCUUUGCCAAUAGACAAAAGACAGCUGUAUGAGUUUGAUAUCAAAGUCCCACUGUUGGUUCGAGGGCCUGGGAUCAAACCGAAUCAGACAAGCAAGAUGCUCGUUGCCAACAUUGACUUGGGUCCUACUAUUUUGGACAUUGCUGGAUAUAGCCUGAAUAAGACACAGAUGGAUGGGAUGUCUUUAUUGCCCAUCUUGAGAGGUGCCAGUAAUGUGACUUGGCGAUCUGAUGUCCUGGUGGAAUAUCAAGGAGAAGGUCGUAAUGUCACUGACCCAACAUGUCCUUCCUUGAGUCCUGGAGUGUCCCAAUGUUUCCCAGACUGUGUGUGUGAAGAUGCUUAUAACAACACCUAUGCCUGUGUGAGGACCAUGGCAGCACUGUGGGACUUACAGUAUUGCGAGUUUGAUGACCAGGAGGUGUUUGUAGAAGUCUAUAACCUGACUGCAGAUCCGCACCAAAUCACUAACAUUGCUAAAAGUAUAGACCCAGAGCUUUUAGGAAAGAUGAACUAUCGGCUAAUGAUGUUGCAGUCCUGUUCCGGACCAACGUGUCGCACUCCAGGGGUUUUUGACCCCGGAUACAGGUUUGACCCCCGCCUCAUGUUCAACAAUUACGGUGGUGGCAGGACACGAAGGUUUUCAAAACAUCUUCUGUAGCGACCUCUGCAGUUGGGUCCCCAAAUGCCUCUUUUGAUGAAGUGAUUGUAGUAGGUGUCUGUAGCUAGUCUUCAAGGCCACAACUGGAAGAGUUUCUGGACUGGCUUUAAGUUGUUUAAAAAGCAACCCAAUCAGCUGACCAGCUUGUGCAAUGUGUUAAACUGUGAACUCUGCCCUUCUGUCAGGAGUGGCUGUCCCUGGUCCCUUCAUUCAGCUGCUCUGACUGCUCCUGAGGUCUUUGUUCUCACCAUCCCCUUUCUGUCCUAGGGCUUCAGCUCUUGAUUAUUCCCCAUGUGGUCCAAGUCUGAAUUUAUAAAUCCAUUCAGAUAAAUGGCAGUGCUUUAGGGGGGAAUGUUUUUGAUCUAUAGCUUGAACUAAAAAUCAAAGGACCUGUACAGCAUUUCAGAUCGAACACUCCACGAUCAAAAAAUACUAACAUCACAUGGCUUCAAGAAUAUCUAUUAGAGCUAAAUCAUCUGAUUAAGAACAAGUACCGUUGUCUUUAGAGUAGCAGAAAUAGAUUGUUUGUAAUACCCAUCACAGUAUGACGUGAUAAGGGCGCAAAUUCAGAACCUGUCAACCAAGCGCUGUUCGUUUGGGGGGAAUUCUGGACUGGUACUACACUGAAAUAGAAGAGCAGGCUUGGAACAGGCUAAUUCCAGAUGGCUAUUGAUGGUGAGAGUCAGCUAUUUUCCGGCGGCUGCUCACCACAUGGAGUACCAGCUAACACCAGCGGUGUUGAGGGAGUGUCUCUUAUCUCAAUCCUUUCCCCCUGCCGAGCAUGGAAAAAUAAAGUGGCUUAGAUAUCUCAGCAGAGAAGAGGAACUUCCAAGGGUUGGUGAGGGUAGCGUUUGAGGGCCUUUUGUAGAUGGGGCUCUCAGGUUGGCAGGUUGAAGGACUCUAGUUGGGGUGCAGUAAGUGCCUGUCCCGCAGGGAGGCUGGGUUUCAGCCCCACGUGUGAAGUUGUUUUGACAUACUCUGCAUUUUGCUGACAUUCUGUUCAUUUGCUAAGAUAAAAAUUUCUUAGUUGUUGAAAGUAUCAGCUCCUUCACCCCAACUUCCCUUUAAAUUUCUUCCUGUUUUUAGAGUCCUGUGUAAUUUGGGCCCCAUGCACUAUUCUCAUGAAAACCAGAUCUUGUUAAGGUUUCCUCACACUAUUUAGAACACCUGUUUUUGUUUCUUGGCUCGAAGACCAAUGCUGUUUUCCACCAUUUUCUUCACAAGAAGGCUAAUUGGUGGAGGGACAACCAGAAAGGAGGAGGAGCUGUGGUUUGUAACCUGUUCAACUCAGGCAGUAGUGAUUUUAGCUUUAUUUAAGGUCUUAGGUUGAGCUUUAAGCACUUUGUAAGACAUGGUCAUAAGCAACUUUUCUCUCAGAAUGCCAGCUAGCCGUGGUGGGUUACUAGCCGUUGCGUUUAUUCGUUUACCUCAUGCAAUCCCAUUAACUGAUGGCACUUAGAGGUGAAGUAGGCAAAUGAAGUGAACACCUCUGCUGUGAAUAUUUUAGGGAAAGAAAUUAUAAAAAUUUGCAACUAACAGCAAAGUACAGUAUUGAACAUGGGUAUCAGCUUUAUUCUAUACUUUUGAUUCUUAACAUUACUUAACUUCCAAAUCAAUGCCAUAGUUAUUCCCAAAUAAAAAAAAACAAACCACCAACUCUUACCAGGUCUUGUACUGUGAUGUCAUCUUAUUCACUUAUUUGUGAUGCUGGUUCCUGGAAACAGGUACAGUCACAGAGUGAUCCACAAGUCAGCGCCGACACAUCCCUGUCACACUGCUCUUAAACCCAGCGGACUUCUGUUGGGUGAUGGGGAUGCAGUGAGGCCCUCUCUGCGGGUAGGUCUCCUCCUUAACUGCAGAAGGGCUUCUACCUGUUUCUCUUGGACAGGCUUCAUGCUGGAUCUGUGCUAGAAUUAUCUUUCAUUAAGAGGCCCCAGCUUAUAUAAUCGAGUAGACUACAAAGUGCACUGGACUUUUGAAAAUAUCUUUGUACAAGGGACCCACUACAAGAGGCUUGUACACUCUCGAUGCAAUUGUACUCUCUCAAAUUUUGAUUAUUUUCCAUUUUAAGAAGGACAGGUUCAUAUCUGUUCAUACUCUUCAGAGUAGAGAACUGUAUACCCAUUAGUAAUGAAGAGAGGCCAUAGGAAUAAAUAAAUUUUGCCUUAUAAAAAAAAUCUAUUACAGAGCUGUUCCUCAAGUAAAAAUUACCAAGUAGGAUACCCCUUUUGAACAUCUUUGAAUUUGACCAAUGGUGCUGUUGCAAGAUACUUUUUUUUUUUUUUUUUUUUUUUGGUCAGUACAUUUUUUGUCAAUACAAAUUAACAACACUAGGGUUUUUGUACAAAAUAGUCAUGAUAGCCAUGGAAGUUAUAAUCUAUUAAAAAUGUUAUUAAAUUUAUUUUUAAGUGUCUUAAGAAUUAGUGCUUUUUUAACAAAAGAAUUGUCCCAGGAUCCUUAUUGAGAAAAAGCAAAGGGUAUUCCACCUGACCCCCUGAAGGAAUUAGAUGGAACUCUUUAGGUUCUUUAGUUUUACCACCACUUACGUCUCACUGAAUUUUGUGGAUUCCUGUUUACAGCAUCUGUUCCUAGAAGUUAUCCUGCCCUGGUUCUGUCACUGCAGUCAUUUGACUUAGAAAGUGCCCUUCAAAGGACCCUGUUCACUGCUGCACUUUUCAACAAAUUAAAAUUUAUUUC